AUGGAAAUUAAAAUUAUAAUACUCUUACUUGUUAAAAUUUUUGCCUUUAUCUUUUUACCUUGGAGAUCAUAUUUUAACAAUGAUAUGAGUUUGUUCAACAACUCUCUGAAUGAGAUGUAUAGUUUUCAUAGAAAAUUAGAUACAAGAGUUCGUCGAUUACUCUCAAAAUAUAAACAGGAUAUAUAUUCAAAUAUUUUAGGAAUAAAGGAUGAUUUACCGUAUAAUGAAGAAAAUAAAAAAAAAAGUGUGUAUAGUAAUGAAAAUGACAAAAAAGUAAGAACGAAAUCAACAAAGGGAAGUUCAUUAAAUAAAGCGGGAAAUCAUAAACAAGAUAAGAACUAUAAUUCAUGUAUUUUCGAAACUAAAAAUUAUUCCCGUUUUGAAAAAAAAAUAUUCAAAGAACUUGACUAUGAGGAUUUUCUUAAAAAAAACAGGACAAUUAGUGAUAAAUUGUACAAAAAAAUUAUACUUAAAAAAUAUGGAUUACGACUUGCACUGCCUUUAUUGUUGUUUUUGUUAUUAUUCUUAUCGCUCAUUUUAGAUUUAUCUGGAGAAUUUGGACUUCAAAAUAUGUUGCGUAAGGUAUUAAAUAUUUCGGGAGCUAAUGAUUGGAUGAAAAAGCUUGGACAAAAUUUUAGUAAUCUUAUAGGAGUUCUUGGUUUAGAUUCUUAG